AUGUAUCGGAAGUUGUCUAAGUUAGAACACUCGGAAAUAAAACAACUUCUUACAGAAGCUAAUAUAGAUGUUGCAAAGCAUUACGCAACAAACAAAAAAGCACUCGCUGACUUCAUUAAAGACUAUAAUGGUGCAAUAAGUUAUGAUAGAAUUCAUGAGUUCAUAAAGCCGCAACGCGGCGAGGACGAAGUCCAUGCAAGAGCAUUUCCUUUAAAUGACAUUGCUAUUGACUUAUAUCAUAGACGUUCAGUACCUCAUGAAGUAAGAAGAGAGAUGUUUGACAUAACAAAUGCAAACGUUGGUGAAACAAGAAGAGCUGUACCUCAUGAAGUAAGAAGAGAGAUGUUUGACAUAACAAAUGCAAACGUUGGUGAAACACGAAAGAGAGAUGACACACUGAAACAACAGAGAAGAGAGAUGUUUAAAAGUGCUAUAGAACAAGUUCGCAAAGCUAACGAUGUCAUUCGUUCCAUUGACGACAAACCAAAAGAAGGUGAGAGAUGGUUAAAGAAAGAUGAAGAGAAUAGGAAGAGAAAUGUGAAGUCAGGCAAUAGACUCAUUGACUUUAACAUCGAAGCUUUAGAUGAACCAAACAGAGACUACUUACACAAACAUUUCGGUAAGGUUUUCAUGAGACUCUUAGAGAAAAUUAAAAUAAACUCGCAACAGAGAUGGAUGGUAUGUUAUAAACUUGGUGGAAAGUAUGAAUGUUCUACGUUAAACCUCAAUAAUAUUGGAACAUUACUACAUCAGCUCUUGAAGGAGAACUUUAUAUCAGAGAUAGAAGCAAAUGCUGCAGGUAUUGUUGAAAUGCACUAUGACUUCUUCUUGACAAACAUAAAGAAUCUUACCGAAAUAAAGAUGUAUGAUUUAACAGAAUAUGAAGGCUUAACGAUGUCAGAUGUAAAGAAAGGCAAACCAAAAAAGAGACCAUAUAGAGAUGAAAGCACACUGACA